AACAAAGCAGAUUUGCGAGUUAUUUCUGACGCGUGAGUCAGAGCGAGCAGCUGCAGGAACCAGGAAGUGAGUCUCCUCUGGCGGCACAGCAGGACCAUCAUGUCUGACGCAGCGCUGAGGCUGGUGGUGCUGGGCCGGAGCGGGGCGGGGAGGCGCUCCGCAGUGUACAGCAUCCUGAGCCUGCAAGACAGCGACCAGGGCGAAACGUCGGACGCGCUCAGCAGGAAAUACAGGGGAGAAGCUGCAGGCAGACAGGUGACGGUGGUCUCCAGCCCCGACUGGCUCAGCUCAGAGUGCGACCCAGAGCGAAGACAGUCCCUCAUCUCCUCCUUCAUCUCCAUGUCCACUCCGGGCCCUCACGCUUUUCUGCUGUGUGUUGCCGUGAACCAGCCGGCAGAGGGAGCCAUCACGGCUCUGGAGGUGCUGGAGAAGCUCUUCGGCCCAUCGUCGGUCAGCAGCAGCACCAUCGUCCUCUUCACGCACAUGGAGGAGCUGGAUGAAGACGAGCAUCUGGAGGAGUACCUGGCCACGUGGCGCAAGGACCUGAAGGCUCUGGUGGGGAGGUGUGGUGACCGGUACCACACUCUGGAGCCCAGAGGAGGCGAGCUGGAGGAGAAGGAAGCUGUGGAGGAGAUGCUGGUGAAGGUGGAGGUGAUGGUGAAGGAGAGCGGGAGGCCGUACUUCAGCUGCCCACUCUACAGGGAGGCAGAGGAGGAGGUGAGGAAGAGGCAGGAGGAGCUGCUGAAGCUGGUGAGAGAAGAGGGUGAGGUGACGGAUGGAGAUCUGGAGGAGGUCAGAGAGGAGGCGGAGAGAAGUGUCCAGCUGAAUGUGGACGUGGAGAGUGUUUUCCCUCCGCUCAGCGUCUCUCCUCCGUUGCCGUCCUUUCUCCUGGGGCUGUGGCAGAGGGUGACGGCUUGGAUGAAGCUGCUGACCAGGUACGUGAGGAGAGAGGCCCUGCUGGGGGCACUGGUGGGCCUGUUUGUGGGGGGCCCGUUUGGCGGCAUCAUUGGGGCCACUGUGGGCUCGGUGGCCACUGAGGUGCGCCGAAGGAACACACAGAAGACCAAGUGAACCGGGUCACAUGACCAUGCUCAACUGUCACCAGCUGCUGUUCCAACACUAGUUUAUCCAGCUGCCAACUCUGCCUGAAGUACCCCAAAUGUUCCUGCGCCAGAGGGAAAGCACACGUCAUGAUGACAGCUCCAUGUCAAGGAAAGAAGUGACUCAACCAGAAGUGCCCCAGCCUGCACCUGAGCAGCUCCACUCCAAGUCUCUGGCCGGCGCCUCUUCCUCCACUGGGUUUGCUCCUCCUCCUCACCAACAAGACUCUGGACCCCAAACUUGUUGUUUGAAAGAAGAGUUGCUCUUGUUUUGUCUGAACCUCGUCCCUACACCACAGUUCCACUUGAACCACAAACUGACUGACAAAAACAACCCUCAACUGUUGCGCAGUAUUUUUGUCUUUUAAAACGCCAAUAUCAAGUAUCAGUAUUGAGCACUACAGACCAGACUUAAUAAUAAAGAAAGUGGCAAAUGGACUUCUUUCUUCUGAUUUUA